AUGACUGAUAAUAAUAUUGAACCUUCUGAUCCAUUACGACAAAUAUUUCGAAGUCAAAGUGCUGUCCCGAGACCUCGUACUACAGCGCGUAGUAAAUAUUAUGAUUAUUUGAAGAAAUUACAAGAAAAAAAUAAAAUCAGUAAAGAAUAUCGUGAUCAACAUAAAUCAAAUGAUGAUUAUUUAAAACAACGUGAAAGUGGUUUUCAAUUGUAUGUAAACGGAGUUCAUAAUGCUCCACCUCGUCGAGCAUCUUCUGCGAUGCGUAACAGAAUCGAUGAUUCAUCUAAUCGAACUCAAACGCCGGCACUGUUCCUAUCAAAUUUUACAUCUCCGACUUUAUCAAAAACACCUAAUCGAUCAAAUUCACGUCGUCGUCAUUGGAUAUCAACAGCACAAACAACAAUUAAAACUGGCGACGGUUCCAUAGUAGCUGAUAUUAAUUCUCAACAUAAAAUUGAAUUUGAUCCAAGCCAACGGCAAUCUCCUGCUACUAACAAUCAAACCACCUAUCGGCUAAAAUCAUCAGUCAGCGUCGAUCAAAGUUGGAUGCCGGAUUGGUUCAAAAAUAAUAAUAAUAAAUCACCUGUAAAAUCAAAUGAAGAUGACAGUCUUUCUUUAUCUCUUGAUGAUAUACCAACGGGCACUCAACAACAAACCUAUCGUCUACCGACAGCGGUUGGAGCCCGUCUUGCUGGAGGCGAUUUGAUGAAGAGUAGUAGUACACAUGCAACUGGCCAACGCUCGCAUACGAGUGGACCCUCAAAAACUGUUGACAGUCUUGAUCUGGAAAAUUUUUUACAGCCAAAAGAAGUUCAUAUUGGAUCUGAUAGUAACGAUCAAAAAUCUUCACACCCACAACAAUCGUCAAAUAAACGAAAUCCGUUUCGAGAUAAUGCUUCUAAUGAUCGUCCAGCAGAUUGGCUUGAAAGAUCAAUUACUCAAAUUGAUCUCUUCAGUCGACGGCAUCGUGGAAUGCUUGAAAAUGAACAAGCUGACGAAUAUUUGCCAAGCGGAGCAGCAAAGCCCGAUAAUGAAAAUGACGAAGAACAAUUUUCUAUUCCUGAAUUACCUCAUGGCGAACAAUUAGUUUUCACUUUGAAAACAACUUGGGGCGAUCGUCACUAUGUUGGUUUAAAUGGUAUUGAAAUUUUUUCUGCAGAAGGUCAUCCAAUAGCAAUUAAAAAGAUCGCAGCAGAUCCACCCGAUAUAAAUAUUCUACCUGAAUAUGGUAAUGAUCCACGCGUAGUAAAAAAUCUUAUUGAUGGAGUAAAUAAAACUCGCGAUGAUAUUCAUAUGUGGCUUGCACCAUUUACAGCUGGGAAAAAUCAUUUUAUUUAUAUUACAUUUGAACAUCCAACUAGAAUUGCCAUGAUUAGAAUAUGGAAUUACAAUAAAAAUCGUAUUCACUCAACACGUGGUGCAAAAGAUGUAGAUAUAUUACUCGAUGGUCGCGUCAUCUUCAAAGGAGAAAUUAGUCAAGCUUGCGGAAAUAUUAUUGCUACUAACGAUCCAUCAUCUUAUGGAGAAACUAUUUUAUUUACGACUGACGAUCAUAUUCUUGAAAAAAUAUCAACUUAUGAUGAGAUGUAUGUCGAUCAAGAAACGACUCAAGACGAUGAUGAAAAUAUGAAAACAGCUACGAACCAAUCGAUCAUGAAGGGAACUGAUGUUCGACCAAUGACACGUGCUACGUUACGGCGCCCUUUUACAGCGAUGCGUUCAUCAGCUAGUAAUCAAGUAGCGGAAUUUUACGGGAAAAAAUUAAUUUUAACCAUAACAGAAACAUGGGGCUACGAAGAUUUUUGUGGUUUAACUGGUGUGGAAGUUGUAGAUGUUAACGAUGCUGACUGUGUUAUACAAUCAUUCGAUGCUCGUCCUCGUGACAUAACUGUACUUCCGGAUUGUAAAAAUGAUGUUCAAACACUUGAUAAAUUAUUCGAUGGUGAGAAUCUGACAUGUAGCGACAAUCAUAUGUGGCUGUGUCCAUUCAAUAAGAAGGAUAAAGUUCGAAUUAUAAUAACAUUAAGCGUAUCGAAAAGGUUGCAUGGCUUACGCAUAUGGAAUUAUAAUAAAUCAUCCGAAGAUACUUAUCGAGGGAUUAAACGACUUCAUGUACAAUUAAAUGAUAAAAUCAUUUCACCGCGACAAGGCUUUCUAUUACGGCGUGCCCCUGGUCACUGUUAUUUUGAUUUUGUACAAGAAAUUGUAUUUGCUCACGGAAAAGCCAUGAGUGAAGACGAUCAGCGACGCAAACAAAACAAGGAAACAUCAGGCAGUAGUCGUGAUGGUGCUUCAGAUAUUUCAAUGCCAAAUGGAUUUAUCUAUGAAUUUCAACUCCAUUCAACACAUGGUGAUGCUUAUUAUAUCGGACUGAAUGGUUUAGAAUUCUAUAAUGAAAACGGUGAACAGAUUGGUUUAGUUGAGCAAAAUAUUGCUGCGUGUCCACAUAGUGUAAAUACACUCAAUCCAGGUACGGACGAUGAUGUUCGUACACCUGACAAGUUAAUCGACGGUGAAAAUAAUGAUGCCGAUGGUACACAUUCUUGGGUUGCACCUAUUUUACCAAAUGUGAUCAAUCGAGUUUUUGUUAUAUUCGAUCGGCCGACAUCUGUAUCUAUGAUAAAAAUAUGGAAUUACGCUAAAACACCCAAUCGUGGUGUGCGAGAAUUUUCUUUACUUGUCGACGAUUUACUUGUUUGGACCGGUAUAUUAGAUAAAAUGAGUGAUAACGAAAAACAUAAACAACAAGUACCCUUUAAUACGAUUCUAUUUUCCGACGAAACGAUGCUUACAGAUCAUGAAAAGCAAACAGUUUUAGAAAAUAAAACGUCAUCUGAUAAUGCAUCCGGUCAUAUAUCAAAUAAACACGAAGCUGUUGAUUACUCCAAACGACCAACGACCUCAGUUCCACGAAUGCAAAGAAAGCGCUAA